AAAUCUUUAAAUUCCGAAUCAUCAUCAUUACAAAUGAAUCUAAUGAGUUCAUUAACAACAAUUAAAAGUUCACUAUUACAAAUGAAUUUAUUAUCAUUUGAAUUAUUAACAGAAAAUUCGACCAAAGUACAAAUGUUAGAAACAUUAAAUAAAAAUGAUUCAUUAGUAAUAUUAUCGUCGAUUGAUAAUAAUCAAAAUAAUGGUAAUCGUUUAAAUCGUCCUGUAUAUUCAUUUCGUACAAUAACAAAUUGGAAACGAUCAUCAUCAAAAGUAUUAGAUAUUGUACCAAGAUAUGGUAUAUAUUUUUGUUCAUUAAAAUGGAUUCUAAAAAGACAACUUUAUCGUCAGAUUAAAGAUGGCGCCAUAUAUAAUGAAUCAAUAGCACCGGUUUUACAUUGUGUUUGUAAAGAACCAAAUGAUUUUUGUCAAGGACGUAUUGGUCCAAUUGAUAAAUUAAUACCAUAUGAACAUUAUCGUCAUCCAACAGUAAAUGGUAUUUGGAUAUCAGUAUGUGGUAAUGAAACUAAUGUCACAGAUAUUGAUGAUGAUUGGAAUAAAAGUUUUCAACAAAUGAAAACAUUGAAUGAAAAUUUUAAUCGUUUUAUAUUUUUUGUUGCACAAAAUGCUGCUUGUGUUGGUAUUCAUAUUUGGAAUACACAUAAAAAAGAUAAUAAAUUACGACGAAAAAGUCAACUAAAAAAAUCAAAUAAUAAUAAUCAUCAUCAUGAACGUCCAUUAAUUUUAUCCGGUGGAUUCUAUGUACUUGAAGGUUUAUUUGAAGCAAAAUUUUUAAAUUAUGAUCCAAUAAUUGGUUCAAAAACAAUGAUCAAACCAAAUACAUUUCAAACAUCAAUAAAUUCACCUAGAAUGAUUAUAUUAUCCGAAGGAACACAUAUGAUACGAAUAAAACCAUAUGAAGGUAUACUAAUGAAUCUUGUUACGAUGAAUAUUGGUGAAAAGGAAAUUUUCAAAAAUAAUAAUAUUAACAACAACAACAACAUUGCUCUGAUUACUGGUAUUUCUGGCCAGGAUGGUUCAUAUUUGGCUGAAUUUUUAAUCGAUAAAGGUUAUGAAGUACAUGGUAUAAUUCGACGAUCUAGUUCAUUUAACACUGGUCGUAUUCAACAUCUUUACAAAGAUCGUUCAACACAUCAAGAGGGUUCAAUGAAAUUACAUUAUGGUGAUAUGACUGAUAGUACCUGUUUGGUUCGUUUAAUACAUGAAAUUAAACCAGAUGAAAUAUAUAAUUUAGCUGCACAAAGUCAUGUAAAAGUAUCAUUCGAUUUAAGUGAAUACACUGCCAAUGUUGAUGCACUUGGAACAUUACGAUUAUUGGAUGCAAUUCGUACAGCAAAUAUAACAAAUGAAAAUGGAAAAUUAAAAAUGAAAUUCUAUCAAGCAAGUACUUCAGAAUUGUAUGGUAAAGUACAAGAAGUACCGCAACGUGAAACAACACCAUUUUAUCCACGAUCUCCAUACGGUGUUGCAAAAUCAUUUGCCUAUUGGAUUGUUGUCAAUUAUCGUGAAGCUUAUGAAAUGUUUGCCGUCAAUGGUAUUCUAUUCAAUCAUGAAUCACCUAGACGUGGUGAAACAUUUGUCACACGUAAGAUUACACGUGGUGUGGCAAAAAUUGUUCUUAAUCGACAAGAAUUCAUCGAAUUGGGUAAUUUGGAUUCAAAACGAGAUUGGGGCCAUGCACGUGAUUAUGUUGAAGCCAUGUGGUUAAUGUUACAACAAGAAAAUCCGGAAGAUUUUGUCAUUGCAACCGGUGAAGCACAUUCAGUUCGUGAAUUUGUCGAAUCAGCUUUCAAACAUAUUGAUAGAGAAAUCAUUUGGGAAGGUAAUGGUCUUAAUGAAGUUGGUAAAGAAAAACAGACUGGUAUUAUUCGUGUAAAAGUGAAUGCACGUUAUUUCCGUCCAGCGGAAGUGGAUUUCCUAUUGGGCGAUGCUUCAAAAGCAAAAAGAAAACUUGAUUGGAAACCUAAAACUUCAUUUCAAGAACUUGUCAAAGAAAUGGUUGAUGCUGAUAUUGAACUUAUGAAACAAGAUCCUUAUGCCUGAAUGUUUGAGAGAGUGUGAAA